AUGGCCCGUUUGCAAAUCGAAGCUGCAGCAAAUACUGCUCGCGCCGUAAUGAGCAGACUUAGUGCACAUGGUGUGAAACUGGCAUUGCCUUCUCUUCUCAAGGUUAUUGAUGAAGAUGGUUCUUGGCGUACUAAAGUCGGUAAGCUUAGAUAUUCCACUUACUAUUCACGCAUGCAUUUUUAUGUAUAUCAAAUUAUUUCCAUCAUUUCUGGAACGAAAGGGAUCCAUUUAUUUGAUUGUAUAACAUAUGAAUUAUUUUUAAUGCUGCAACUUUGCAUCGGGCAGUCACACUCUCCGACUAAACUAAACUUGCUAUUUUCGUAUUGGAAUAGAGUCAUAAACUUGCUAUUUUCGUAUUGGAAUAGAGUCAUAAACUUGCUAUACCUUUUUAAAAGGAUAUACAAGGUUGCUGUCUAA